AUGAAAAGAUUGUUUGAAGGUGGAGACCUGCCACGAAGCAAGAAAAAUGGUGCCAAAACUGGCACAAGAAGGGAAGUAACGACAGUGCUGGUGAGGAACCUUCCAAAGAGCUAUAAUCAAGCCAAAGUACGAAAAUACUUCCUAGAUUGCGGCGAGAUAAGAGAAGUCAGCGUGUCGGACUCUUUGGAUAAAAGUAGCAGGCUUGCGAGGAUCCAGUUCGGCAGACACGAUGAAGCAAUCACAGCGUUGACGAAAACAUACAAGAGGAUCGGCCAAAGUGAAAUAACCGUGUCGUUGUUGGAGAAUUGCACUAUUUGGGUGACCAACUUCCCACCUUUUUAUACGGCACGCAAUGUGAAAGAGCUUGUGCAAAGUGUUAAUGUGGUCGUCCUGAGCGUGCGACUUCCUUCUUUAAGGUAUGAUUCCAACAGAAGAUUUGCGUAUGUGGACGUAAGUUCUACGACGGAAGUGGUCACAGCCGUAGAAGAGCUGAACGGGAGAGUUAUUGAGCGCUACCGUCUCGUAGUCAAGAAAUCGAACCCGCUGGAGAAAGCGCAACGAACUGACUAUGGUGCUGCCGAGAGAAGAGAGGUCAUGGUGCGACAGCUCAGCAAGCAACAAUUGACCGAGCAAUAUCUGCGACAGCAUUUCAGCGAGUGUGGACCGGUAGAGUCAGUGGUAGUCCCCGCCAAUCAGAUCGAAUCAAGCGAGGGCUACGCGUUCAUAACAUUCCAAGAUCAAUCUGCAGCGAAGGCCGCUGUACAAGUCGAAAAGUUGGACGGCAAGCAAGUUCAGGUUAUUCUGGCAGAUAAAAAAGCAUUUAUCGAGCGGCAAAAGGUUAAAAGAAUCAUGACUAGCCGUUUAACUGAUGACCGAAUCAUCGCUUUGUAUCCUCUGAGCGACAAAACCUCCAAAUCACAGAUCGAAGCGCUACUGCUUGAUAAGGUUAUUGCUACUAGAGACGCUAUAAACGAGAUCCUACUCGUUACUGAUAGACAGGCUGCCUUUGUUUCGUUCAAAGAGCCGCAAGUAGCGGCUAAAUGCAUAAUAUCGCUGAAUGGAGUUGAGUUUCAAAGACAGAUACUGCAUUGCGGAACGGUAAGCGAUCUGCGUCAUCCAAAAGUAGAUAAAACUCAGAACCGUCCAUCGCUUGGGAAUGAAACUCCUUCUCCGAAGCCCGCACUAGAGGACCGCGAAGAUGGGCAAAAGUUGUCCAAUAACGAUUUUCGGAAGAUGUUCUUGGGCAAAUAG